UAACGUCAUCUUCCCCUCAACCCGUGGGCCCUAAUCCAGCUGCCCUCAAACCCCGUUUCGCGCCCUUUUCUCUCUCCAAACCCCAAACCGUAACCCUAAUCGGAUCCAAACCCAACGGAUCCGAUAGCCCGCCACCUCCAGAUCCGGUCACCGCUGACGACUACCGCCGCCCUCCUCCUCCUCAUUACUCGCUCAACAAGGGACAACAGAUGGAGGAGAGAACAGAGGUUUAUUGGGUAACAUGUACCGCGAGAACUGUCCUGGGUGUAAGAUGGACCAGCGGAAAGAGGAGAAAUUGGGGAUUCCGUACAGAGAGUUCUUGUAUGUUUGGAUCAUCUCUUUGUGUACUGCUUUACCAAUAUCAUCAUUGUUUCCAUUCUUGUACUUCAUGAUAAAAGACUUGCAUAUUGCCAAAAGAGAAGAAGAUAUUGGAUUUUAUGCAGGUUUUGUGGGGUCUGCAUUUAUGCUUGGGAGAGCUUUGACUUCCGUACUUUGGGGUUUGGUCUCUGAUCACUAUGGAAGAAAACCUGUCAUUAUGAUCAGCAUUAUCUCAGUCAUUAUAUUCAACACACUCUUUGGGUUAAGUACAAGUUAUUGGAUGGCAAUUGCUACAAGGUUGCUUCUUGGAUCUUUGAAUGGUUUACUUGGCCCAAUAAAGGCUUAUGCUAUAGAAGUUUGCCGAGCUGAACACCAACCUAUUGGACUGUCGCUUGUUAGCACAGCCUGGGGAAUAGGUUUGGUAAUUGGUCCAGCUAUUGGAGGCUUCUUCGCACAGCCUGCAGAGAAAUACCCAAAGAUAUUCUCCAAGGAGUCCUUUUUUGGGAGGUUUCCAUACUUCUUACCCUGCUUUUGUAUAUCACUCUUUGCAGUUGGUGCAUUUAUAAGUUGCUUCUGGCUUGCGGAAACAUUACACAAUCAUAGUGAUCAUGAUGAAGAAACCGAUGGAACCCCAGCUUCCAAGAAAAACCUUUUCAAGAACUGGCCACUAAUGUCAUCUAUUAUCGUCUACUGUGUCUUUUCACUUCAUGAUAUGGCAUAUACCGAGAUUUUCUCCAUAUGGGCAGUGAGUGAUAAACUUUAUGGAGGAUUAAGCUUUUCUUCGCAGGAUGUUGGUGAGGUUCUUGCAGUCACAGGCUGUAGUCUUCUGGUAUUUCAACUAUUUCUUUAUAUCUGGAUUUCAAAGCUCCUUGGACCCAUCAUUUCAGCUCGUGUUGCAGCGGUUAUAACUAUACCAUUAGGUGCCGCCUACCCGUUUAUGUCCAGGCUAUCAGGGUUUAAACUUUCAUUGGUAGUGAACUGUACAUCGGUACUGAAGAACAUUCUUUCUUUAAUUGUCAUCACUGGGAUGUUCAUUUUGCAGAACAAUGCUGUGCCUCAGCACCAGAGAGGAGCUGCAAAUGGCAUUUCAGUGACAGGGCAGUCCCUUUUUAAAGCUGUUGCUCCGGCAUGUGCCGGAGCUAUAUUCUCUUGGGCACAAAAACGCCAAAAAGCUUCAUUUCUUCCAGGCGAUCAAAUGGUCUUUUUCAUCGUGAACGUGAUAGAGGCAAUUGGAUUCCUCCUAACAUUUGAACCAUUCUUAGUCCCGGCAAAUAAAACAGAACAGGAAUAGUGUCUUAUACAGGUCUGCAACCAUUUUUAACAGGAAUAGCAAAUGGGUACCCGUGGAAUGAUACCAUCUUCAAACCUGGUUCAAUUGAAAUACCAAAGGUAUUGAUUAUGUAGGAGCUUAUAUGAAUCAGUUAUUGAGAAUGUAUACAGAUUUUGAAAACAUUGGAAUCCGUCGUUUAAUAUGGAGGGGCAUAUAUAGCUCCUUUUUAUUGAAUAUAUGUAAAUUUUGAAUGUGAUGUUUAUUUGUUAUUGA